AAGAAAUAUUUAAUUUAAAGAAAAAAGCGCGUGUAUUGAAAAAGAAGAAAAUAGUUGAGCCUAUAUUGGCGGCUCCUCUCUUUCUCCGUCAGGGAGGUUCGGAGACACCACAGCAUUCAUCGGUGUCACCAUUUUCCAUUACGCUCAGUAUGCCGCUAUUCACCAAUUCUUCCACCUGCUUCACCGCCACCACCGCCACCACCGCGGUUAACUCAUUGGAUCUGAAUUCGACGUUUUCCUCCAAUUCACGCAAGGCUACAACACCUCGCAUUCUUUGCUUCCCUCAGAAUGAGAAAUUCAACGUCUCUCGAUUGGCUCUUAGUCACUCCAGCCGUGCAGUUAAAGUUAGGACAAUAUCAAUGACAUUAGUGCGCGAUACAGUUGAACAAAAGGCAGAUGUGGCCAGCUCCUCUAGCAUUUUGGCAUAUGAUUUGGUUCAAGGGGCACUUGUGAGGUGGAGUUCUGUUAUGGACAGAUCUUUACCUGAUACACCAACAGCUGUCUUUUUGCACGGGAUCCUUGGGUGCAGGAAAAACUGGGGUACUUUUGCAAAGAGAUUGGCAAGAGAGUUUCCUAUGUGGCAGUUUCUUUUAGUAGAUUUGCGAUGUCACGGUGAUUCAACAUCAAUCAAAAAGAGAGGUCCCCAUACUGUUGCAUCUGCUGCUCUUGAUGUUUUGAAACUGGUUCGGGAACUAAGAAUAACACCUCGUGUGUUAGUUGGUCAUAGUUUUGGGGGAAAAGUUGUUUUGAGCAUGGUGGACCAAGCUGCAAAACCUCUUGCUCGACCAGUCAGAGCUUGGGUUCUGGAUGCAACCCCCGGAAAGGUUCGAGCAGGUGGAGAUGGAGAGGACCACCCAGAAGAACUCAUAUCCUUAUUAAAUACACUGCCAAAGGAGGUCUCUUCAAAGAAGGAUGUUCUCAAAGCUCUUAUUCAACAAGGAUUUUCCAAUGAUGUAGCACAGUGGGUUGUGACCAAUCUACGACCUACCAGCUCUCCUAACUCACGCCUCUCAUGGGUGUUUGACCUGAAGGGGAUAUCAGAAAUGUAUCAAUCCUAUGAAGAAACAAAUUUGUGGAAAGUUGUUGAAGAUGUACCUCGUGGUGUGCAUAUAAACUUUUUGAAAGCGGAGAGGAGCCUACACAGAUGGGCUCUUGAAGAUCUUCAGCGAAUCCAUGUUGCGGAGGAGCUUGCUUCUGAGGAAGGAGGUGGAGUUGAAAUGCAUGUCCUUGAAGAUGCUGGCCACUGGGUACAUACUGAUAACCCAGAUGGACUCUUCAGGAUACUGUCAUCCUCUUUCCAGGGAAAUAAGGCGAGACUUUACUAAUUAUGUAGGGUGCAGUUGCCAUCACAGCUUUAUACUAUUAUUAUUUGCUCUCUUGUGCAUCACAGUGUGAGAGUUACUAUAUCAAUUAAAGCUCUCCAACACAACUUGUUGGUACGUCAUGCCCUUGGUUUUGAGCAGCAAAUUAUUUCUUAGUUCACACAGAACACAUCCUUUAGAAUUUGUUUAAUGUGCAGGCACCGUGAACGAGUUGUAUAGUCAAUCUUUCUAAUAAGGUUGAAGCACAUUAAACAACUCGUAAUAACUACAAUCAUGAACAUCUUUUCUAGAAUUUGUUUAAUGUGCAGGCACCGUGAAUAAACUUUCAUAUCGGUCAA